AUGAAUCCUCCUCAAGUUCAGCGUUUGGAACCACUUCCCUAUAUUCAUUGUCAAUCAAAGAUCACUGAUAAGACGUAUGCAUGUGCUCAUUACGGAUUGGUGGUUGUACCGCUGUACGACACAUUCGGAGAAGAGGCUCUGAAAUACAUCAUCAAUCAAACAAAAAUGCGCAUCAUCAUCUGCGACACGAUGAUUCGGGCGCAUAUCCUACUUACGUGGGCUGGAGAAGAUUUGAAGGAUAUAAUAGUGAUUGAGGCGGACCGGGAGGCGUUGCAUAAGAUGAACGACCAGACAAACAAUAUGCCCAAAAUGCACACCUAUGAAGAGAUGCUGGUACACGGAUCCAAGCUUCCUCCUGAGAAACAGGAGGCUAACCCAGACGAUUUGUUCCUUGUGUGUUACACAAGCGGUGCCACAGGUUUCCCUAAGGGUGUGAUGCACACACACCGUAGUUUCCUUCGAGCGACCACAAUGUCCACUGCAGUUUUGGCUAUCACAGGACUUCCAGAACAUGGUAAUCUUCAUAUCUCUUACCUGCCCUUGUCGCACAUUAUGGAGCAGGUAAUUAUGAAUUUCGGCUCACUUCAUUAUUGUCGCCACGCGCUUGUCAUAUGCACACAUCCUCCAAUUUUGCUUUACUUUUCUAGGGGGGUUUUUCGCCGAGCCGGUUUUCUUGAUCGCUUCUUUUUCCGUGAACUUCGGGGGCAAUUCGGAGGUCGGAUACAGUUCGUUGCAAGUGGAAGUGCUCCACUGCAAUCUGAGGUGCUCCAGUUUGUAAAGGCAGCCUUCUCCUGUCCAGUAAGUGUCUCAGCCACAACCACAGAAUAUGUAUUAAAAAACUCUCAAAACCGAGAGUACGCAAGGCUGCCAUUAUUCCUUUUCUGUUUUUCGCAGAAUGGGGUACUUAAAAUUGUUGACCGGUGUAAAAAUGUGUUCAAACUGGCUCAAGGAGAAUACGUAUCACCGGAAAAGGUUGAGCAAAUCUACGCACUAAGCCCGCUGGUGAUCAACAUCUUCGUGGAUGGCCAGCCGCUGUACAAUUUUGCCGUUGGUGUAGUCGUGCCAGAUUUUAAGCAACUGCGCACUCAGUAUUUAACACAGUUAAUCGAGUUGUUUGGUGUCAUUCGAAUCGCGCAACUUGAUAUUGUUGAAGUUUGCAGGCACAAGGGGGUGGCAAAGCUGAUUUUGGAAGAUUUGGUCACAAUCGGAAAAAAGAAGGGGCUAAAAGGGUUCGAGCAGGUAAGGAUAAUCUUACAUGUUUAUGUUGACUUU